AUGCGACCAUUGACUCUUCCAAAACAACGCUUAGCAUACUCUGUGGAUUUGCGGCAAUGGAUGCCACCUAUUGAUAAUCAACAUGAUAUGAAAACUUGGCAUAGAAUUUAUUUAUUUAAUUGUAGUUGUGCUAGUGCAUUUGCAGGACUUUGUAAUUAUUUAUUUAAACGUUCAAUGGAUUGUCAAAGUAGUAUAUCUCGUUUAUUUAUUUAUUAUAGUGAUCAAAUGAUUCAACAACAAUUACCAGUUCUUAUUGGUAUUAGAUUAAUUCAACAAAAUAUUCAACAUAAUGGUAGUUAUUUACAGGUUCCUACUGAUCUAAACGAUCCAUUAAUUAAAAAAACUGGUAUACAUGGUAUUAUGAUUGUUGGAUACAAUAAAAAACACAAUAUUUUACUUGUAGAAACUCUUGGGGAUGAAACUGGAUAUUAUGGUUAUUUUUAUCUACCAUAUGAUUAUCUAACUCAUCCUUAUCUUAUUGACAAUAAAGGUGGUUUAUGGUCGAUUAGUAUUAUCUUAAAAUAA